GGGCCAGCGCCGAGGAACUUGGUGCGGAGGCUGCUGCCGCUGCUCUGCUGCCUGACCGGCUUCUGCGCGGGGAUAAGCUCCAUAGACAUUGACCGCCCCGGCGACGGGAGGUGCCAGCCCAUAGAAAUCCCCAUGUGCAAGGAUAUAGGGUACAACAUGACGAGGAUGCCGAACCUGAUGGGACACGAAAACCAAAGGGAAGCUGCCAUUCAGCUGCACGAGUUUGCCCCCUUGGUGGAGUACGGUUGCCACAGCCAUCUGAAAUUUUUCCUCUGCUCCCUCUACGCCCCGAUGUGCACGGAGCAGGUUUCCACACCGAUCCCAGCCUGCAGGGUCAUGUGCGAGCAGGCGAGGCUGAAAUGCUCUCCUAUUAUGGAGCAGUUCAAUUUUAAGUGGCCAGACUCUCUGGACUGCAGCAAACUGCCCAACAAGAAUGACCCCAAUUACCUGUGCAUGGAAGCCCCCAACAACGGGUCAGAUGAGCCACCCCGAGGGUCCAGCAUGCUGCCACCCAUGUUUCGUCCACAGCGGCCCAGCAGUGGCCACGAUCUGCAGCAGCAUAAGGACAGCCUCAGCAGAACCUCCUGUGAAAAUCCUGGCAAGUUCCACCAUGUGGAAAAGAGCGCUUCCUGCGCACCGCUCUGCACUCCAGGGGUUGACGUGUACUGGAGCAAGGAUGACAAACAAUUUGCUGUCAUUUGGAUUGCCAUCUGGUCCAUUCUGUGCUUCUUCUCCAGUGCUUUCACCGUACUCACUUUUCUGAUAGAUCCUCAGCGUUUCAAGUACCCCGAGCGGCCCAUUAUCUUCCUCUCCAUGUGCUACUGUGUCUACUCAGUGGGGUACAUUAUUCGCCUCUUUUCGGGUGCUGAAAGUAUUGCCUGUGAUAGGGACAGUGGCCAACUCUAUGUCAUCCAGGAAGGACUGGAGAGCACUGGCUGCACCAUUGUGUUCCUGGUUCUGUAUUACUUUGGUAUGGCAAGUUCCUUGUGGUGGGUAAUCUUGACUUUAACGUGGUUUCUAGCAGCUGGGAAAAAAUGGGGGCAUGAAGCAAUUGAAGCAAACAGUAGCUACUUCCAUUUGGCAGCGUGGGCCAUUCCGGCUGUGAAGACCAUAAUGAUCCUAGUUAUGAGAAGGGUGGCUGGAGAUGAGCUGACAGGGUUGUGCUAUGUUGGAAGCAUGGAUGUGAAUGCCUUGACGGGGUUUGUACUCAUUCCUUUGGCUUGUUAUCUAAUCAUUGGCACUUCUUUUAUUCUUUCUGGUUUUGUGGCCCUAUUUCAUAUCAGGAGGGUGAUGAAAACAGGUGGAGAAAAUACUGACAAGUUGGAGAAACUUAUGGUCAGGAUUGGCGUCUUCUCAGUCUUGUAUACAGUGCCUGCAACUUGUGUGAUAGCUUGCUAUUUUUAUGAAAGACUUAAUAUGGAUUAUUGGAAAAUUGUGGCAACUCAACAGAAAUGCAAGAUGAACAAUCAGACUAAAAAUUUAGACUGCAUGAUGAAUAACUCUAUUCCAGCAGUAGAAAUUUUUAUGGUCAAAAUUUUUAUGUUAUUAGUUGUGGGCAUUACUAGUGGUAUGUGGAUCUGGACUUCCAAGACUCUUCAGUCCUGGCAAAAUGUUUGUAGUCGAAGAUUGAAGAAGAGAAGCAGGAGAAAACCUGCGAGUGUUAUUACAAGUAGCGGAAUCUACAAAAAACCUCAACAUCCACAGAAAACUCACCUUGCAAAAUACGAAUCAACAUUACAGCCACCCACUUGUGUGUGACCAGGUUUUAGAAAAGACUAUAUCUCACCUUACAGACUUACAAAUGUCAACAGUAGCGGUCAAAAAUUA